AUGGCCCCAACCACUCUCGAACACGCCUUCUCCAAGGACUCAAGCUCGACCGCCGUCAUCGUGCCCGGUAGCCCUGCCCUGACUGUCUCGUACAAGAAGCUUGCUGCCGAUGUCAAGGCUUUCCAACAGCAGCUGGCAAAGGUCGGCGUUUCUGCCGAGGCCGCUGUGUCCAUCGCGCUACCCAACACGUACGAGUUCAUCGUGUCCUUCAUCGCUGCCUCGUGGCAGAGGGCCAUCGCAGCGCCCCUCAACCCGGCCUACAAACAGUCCGAAUUCGAAUUCUACAUCGACGACCUGAGCUCAGCGAUUGCAUUGGUACCAAAGGGUGCAUUCGCGCAAGAUGCGGCAGCUGUCCGCGCAGCACGGAAAUACAAUGCCGCCAUCGCAGAAUGCUACUACAAUGGCAGCGAGGUCGUCCUGGACGUCAAAGAGGCUGGAAAGCUUGCGGGUAAGACCGCGUCCGUCCAGUCCGCGCAGCCAGACGAUGUCGCUCUUGUGCUGCACACGAGCGGUACCACUGGACGCCCCAAGGCUGUGCCUCUGACGCACCGUAACUUGCUGCGGACGAUGAAGAACAUCCAAGCAACCUACGAGCUGUCGCCCAAGGAUCGUACCAUGCUGGUUAUGCCUCUCUUCCACGUCCACGGCCUGCUUGCUGGCUUCCUCGCGCCACUGGCUUCAGGAGGCUCAGUCAUUGUGCCGCCCAAGUUCUCCGCCUCGGACUUCUGGAAAGACUUCAAUGAACACAAGGCAAACUGGUACACGGCUGUUCCGACGAUUCAUCAGAUCUUGCUCAAGAGCCCUCUCCCAAGCCCCAUGCCCAACAUCCGCUUCAUCCGAUCCUGCUCCAGUCCACUCUCGCCCAAAACAUUCCACGAACUCGAGAAGGCGUUCGGUGCUCCGGUAUUGGAGGCAUACGCCAUGACUGAGGCGGCCCAUCAGAUGACCAGUAAUCCCCUCCCCCCGAACCAGCGUAAGCCUGGCAGUGUGGGGCUUGGUCAGGGUGUCGAAGUCAAGAUCCUCGACGAAGCUGGCAAAGAGGUGCCGCAAGGAAAAGAAGCUGAAAUUUGCAUUCGUGGUGAAAACGUUACCAAGGGAUACCUCAACAACCCAGCUGCCAAUGCUUCAUCCUUCACCCAGGGUGGCUUUUUCCGCACUGGAGACCAGGGCAAGCUGGAUGCUGAGGGAUAUGUUAUCAUUACCGGCCGCAUCAAGGAGCUGAUCAACAAGGGUGGUGAAAAAAUCAGUCCUAUUGAGCUCGACAACGUGAUUGCGCAGCAUCCCGCUGUAUCUGAAGCUGUCAGCUUCGCGAUUGAAGAUGAGAUGUACGGCCAAGACGUUGGUCUUGCGAUCGUGGUCAAGGAGGGCCAUGCCCUGACUGCGGGAGAACUGAAGACAUGGUUGACGGAUCGCGUUGCCAAAUUCAAGCUGCCGAAGAAGAUUUUCUUCACCGAUAUCAUGCCGAAGACUGCAACAGGAAAGAUCCAGCGACGUCUUGUUGCCGAAGCUAUGCUCAAGCAAGAACAGCCCAAACCCAAGCUAUAG